AUGGUUUCAGAACAAGAAGUGUUGGACACGUUGCCAAAGAUGGUGGCAAAGCCACCAAAGAGCCAGACGGGCUUCCCGGGCUACCUCACCGACUCCGAAAAGUCCGCCUUGGAGCAGCUGAGAAUCAUGCUCGAGGCAGAGGGCCACACGGAGAGAAUGGACGACUCCACCCUCUUGCGUUUCUUGAGAGCAAGAAAGUUCGACAUCAUGAAGGCCAAGGAGAUGUACGAGGCGUGUGAGAAGUGGAGACAGGAGUUUGGCACCAACACCAUCCUCACCGACUUCCACUACACGGAAAAACCCACGGUCGCCAAGUUCUACCCGCAGUACUACCACAAGACCGACGUCGACGGCAGACCCGUCUACAUCGAGGAGUUGGGCGCCGUCAACAUCACAGAGAUGUACAAGAUCACCACCCAGGAAAGAAUGCUCAAGAACUUGGUCUGGGAGUACGAGGCCUUCACCACGUACAGGUUGCCAGCCUGCUCCAGAAAGGCGGGCUCCCUCAUCGAAACCUCCUGCACCAUCUUGGACUUGAAGGGCAUAUCCAUAUCCGCAGCCUCCCAGGUCCUGUCGUACGUCAGAGAGGCCUCCUACAUCGGCCAGAACUACUACCCAGAAAGAAUGGGCAAGUUCUACUUGAUCAAUGCGCCCUUCGGCUUCUCAACCGCCUUCCGCUUGUUCAAGCCUUUCCUCGACCCGGUCACCGUCUCCAAAAUCUUCAUUCUCGGCUCAAGCUACAAGAAGGAGCUCCUUGCUCAGAUCCCAGCAGAAAACUUGCCAACCAAGUUCGGCGGCUCCAGUGAGGUUUCCGAGGCUGAGGGUGGCUUGUACUUGAGUGACGUCGGUCCUUGGAGAGACCCUAAGUUCAUCGGCCCUGAGGGCGAGGCUCCAAAGCCAAUUGUCCAAGCUGCUGCAGAACCUCAAACCAGCAGAACUGAAUCUCUCAAAGCACCUCAGCUUGCUUGA